GAAAGCACCUCAACGUUACCAUCUGUAGCCCAGCCCAUCAUUCCCACUGGCAAUCCUAGCCCCCCCUCGCUCCCCUCCCUCCCAACAACCUCUCUCGCGGGCACACUGAAUGCCCCGCAAAUAUCACCAAAAGUGGACUCACAUCAAGCCCGCCCCCGCCCCCACCUCGCUCCACCUCGCCUCAUCCAGCACUGUGGGCUGCGGAAGCAGCAGCAGCAGCCAUAACAACAACAACAACAACAACAACAACAACACCCCCACAACAAAUGUCAACACGCUCCUCAGCCACCUCCGGAGCUCGCAGUCCCACCACCACAACCAUGACCACUACGACAACCCGACCGCCACCCUCCCGGCGAUAACCCGCAGCAUCCCGCCGCUGCUACAACACCUCCUGGACACGCCUCCACCCCCACCACCCCCUCCCCGCCCACGCAUCACGACCGCCCCGCGUCUACCACGCACCCCCGGCCCUCCUCCGCCAGCAUCAUGGCUCACCCCCCCAUCCGCCACCGCCACCCCUUCCCCCACCCGCAGCGCGCACUCCCUCUUCCCGCACCCGCCUCUCCCCGCCCCGGGCAGCCUGACACACUUCGCCCUCACCGCGAUCGCGCGCGACUACGACUUCCACACGACGUGGGACAAGUGGUACCUGCCUUUGCUGCCGGCGCGGCUGAAGAGCCUGCUGCUGCUGUACCUGCACUCGCUGCACGGUGUGCGCGCGCCCGUCACCCCCGCGGGACUGCUCGCGCUGUUCCCUGUCGACGAGGGCGAGGAGGGAGUUACCCACUUGUCGCUGCAGUGUUGUGCGCCUACGGGGCUGCUGCAGGUUUUCCGGCCGCCGCCGCUACAGGUGGGGGAGGGCGGGGUGCUGGGCGAUAGUUGGGAUGAGGCGCCUGUUGUGGCGAAUACCAGGUUUCCUGCCCUCACGCACCUCUCCCUCGCUAGUCCCGCGGCGGACGAUGGCAAGGGCCUGCUACGGCUGCUGGAGCUUACGCCGCGGCUGACGCAUCUGUCGCUGAGCGGGUGGGCGGACAGGGCUGUGCUCGAGAAGCUGCUGAGGGGAAUUGUCAAGAGGCUGCUGUGUCUGAAGUGGCUGGAAAUGGAUGCGGCGGUGGCGGGUGUCCUCGAGGAGGAGGAUGAGGAGGCUGCGUGGACGGGGGCGUGGAGGGGCGUGGAAACCGUCGUGAUUGUCGGUGCGGAGGAGGCGACGGCGAAGAGGUUUGAAGCCGCCGUUAGAGCCGCGAGGAAGAGGGAGGGGAGGGGGGCAUGGUUUGAGGUCUUGGUCGGGUAGGUAGAUGGUAGAUGCGGGAUGCGGGAUCGUAAUACAUUGUUGCGGGAUCGUAAUACAUUGUUGCGAGAU